GUUACUUUUUUCUUCUCUACGCAACACCAAACGGCGUUCUUCUUCUUCUUUCCUGCCAGCCUGAUUUCUCCGAUUGAAGAAGAAGAAGCCUCGGACUCUCUCUCGAAUCGGGUCGAGCUUUAUCUCACAGUCCAUCUGAAGUUUCAUCUUGCUUCUGGGUCCCACCAUGGCUCCGCAAGAGGAAGAUUUGGAAAGGAAGAAGAAGAAGGAGGAAAAGGCAAGAGAAAAAGAGCUGAAAAAGCUGAAGGCUGCACAAAAAGCAGAAGCGGCCAAGAGUCAGGAACAAAAACCGUCUAAUGCAUCAAAGAAGAGCGAACGGAAAAACCAGAAGAAAGAUGCUGGGGAAGAGAACCCAGAGGAUUAUAUUGACCCAAUGACUCCUGCUGGCGAGAAGAAACAUCUUUCUUCUCAAAUGGCAAAGCAAUAUAGUCCAAGUGCUGUAGAGAAAGCGUGGUAUGAAUGGUGGGAGAAAUCAGGUUUCUUUGUUGCUGAUGCUAACAGUUCCAAACCCCCAUUUGUGAUUGUUCUUCCACCUCCAAAUGUGACCGGAGCGCUACAUAUAGGUCAUGGACUUACUGCUGCGAUACAGGAUACAAUUAUUCGUUGGCGGAGGAUGUCCGGUUACAAUACUCUGUGGGUUCCGGGCAUGGACCAUGCUGGAAUAGCAACCCAGGUUGUUGUUGAGAAGAAGAUUAUGCGUGAAAGUAAAUUAACUAGGCAUGACAUUGGCCGUGAGAAGUUUGUGUCGGAAGUUUGGAAAUGGAAAGAUGAAUAUGGAGGUACCAUUCUAAAACAGGAACGUCGGCUGGGUGCCUCUCUUGAUUGGUCUCGUGAGUGCUUCACAAUGGACGCGAAGAGAUCAAUGGCUGUAACUGAGGCUUUUGUAAGGCUUUACAGGGAGGGUCUUAUUUAUAGGGAUCACCGGCUGGUGAAUUGGGAUUGUGUCUUGCGGACAGCUAUUUCUGAUAUUGAGGUAGACUACAAGGACAUCAAAGAACGGACUCUGUUAAAGGUUCCUGGGUAUGAAAAUCCAGUGGAGUUUGGUGUUUUGACAUCCUUCGCGUAUCCGCUAGACGAAGGGUUGGGCGAGAUAGUCGUUGCCACCACCAGAGUGGAAACAAUGCUGGGUGAUACUGCGAUUGCUGUCCAUCCUGAAGACAAGAGGUACAGUCAUUUGCAUGGAAAAUUCGCUGUUCAUCCAUUCAAUGGGAGGAAACUUCCCAUAAUUUGUGACGCGAAACUUGUUGAUCCAGAAUUUGGGACUGGUGCCGUUAAGAUUACUCCAGCUCAUGAUCCCAAUGAUUUCGAAGUUGGAAAGCGCCAUGAUCUGGAAUUCAUUAACAUCUUCUCUGAUGAUGGGAAGAUAAAUAGCAAUGGCGGCUCGGAGUUUCAAGGAAUGCCGCGGUUUAAAGCUCGUGUGGUCCUGAUUGAAGCCUUGAAAAACAAGGGACUUUAUAAAGGUUCUCAAAAUAACGAGAUGCGCCUUGGCACUUGUUCGAGAAGCAAUGAUGUUGUGGAACCAAUGAUAAAGCCACAAUGGUUUGUUAAUUGCAAUGGCAUGGCAAAGGAAGCUCUUGAUGCUGUCAUGGAUGAUACUAAUAAGAGGAUUGAGAUCAUUCCGAAACAAGAUGCAUUUGAGUGGAAGAGAUGGUUGGAGAAUAUUCGUGACUGGUGCAUCUCGAGGCAACUUUGGUGGGGACACCGCAUUCCAGCAUGGUAUGUGGUGCUAGAAGAUGAUCAGCUUAAAGAAUUUGGUGCAUACAAUGACCAUUGGGUGGUUGGAAGAAACGAGGAAGAAGCUCUUUUGGAGGCAAAUAAGAUUUUCGCUGGGAAGAAAUUUCAGAUAGCUCAAGAUCCAGAUGUAUUAGACACAUGGUUUUCUUCUGGCCUCUUUCCAUUGACUGUGCUUGGCUGGCCAGAUGAUACGGCGGAUUUUGGAGCAUUUUAUCCAACCUCAGUUCUUGAAACUGGACAUGACAUUCUCUUCUUUUGGGUUGCUCGGAUGGUGAUGCUGGGGAUGAAGCUGGGAGGUGAUGUGCCCUUUAGAAAGGUUUACUUACACCCUAUGAUUCGUGAUGCACAUGGUCGUAAAAUGUCAAAGUCCUUGGGCAAUGUUGUUGAUCCACUUGAAGUAAUAAAUGGGAUAUCCUUGGAAGGUCUCCACAAACGAUUGCAAGAGGGUAACUUGGAUCAAAAUGAGUUGCUCGUUGCAAAAGAAGGGCAGGUGAAAGAUUUCCCGAACGGAAUUGCUGAAUGUGGUGCAGAUGCUCUUCGUUUUGCUCUUGUUUCGUACACAGCUCAGUCAGAUAAGAUAAACUUGGAUAUUCAAAGGGUUGUUGGGUACCGGCAAUGGUGCAAUAAAUUGUGGAAUGCGAUACGCUUUGCUAUGAGCAAACUGGGAGAUGAUUAUGUCCCUCCUUCAAAGCUAGCGGUGGAGUCUAUGCCAUUCAGUUGCAAGUGGAUACUGUCAGUUUUAAACAGAGCCAUAUCCAAAACAGUUUCAUCUCUUGAAUCUUACGAGUUCUCAGAUGCAGCUACUGCAGUAUAUUCAUGGUGGCAAUUCCAAUUAUGUGAUGUAUUUAUAGAAGCAAUCAAGCCUUACUUUUCUUCUAACCUAAACUUUGAGUCUUCAAGGAGUGCCGCAAGAGACACUCUUUGGGUUUGUUUGGACAAUGGAUUGCGUUUGCUCCAUCCUUUUAUGCCAUUUGUUACUGAAGAACUAUGGCAGCGGCUUCCUCGAGCAGCAGGGAGCAGCAGCAUGAAAGAAUCAAUAAUGAUAUCUGAGUACCCAUCAGUUGUAGAGGAAUGGAUAAAUGAAAGAAUUGAGUAUGAGAUGGAUCUGGUGGAAUCUGCAGUGAAAUCACUUAGAUCUCUCCGCUCAUUGUUGCCUCCAAAUGAAAGGCAUGAAAGACGGCCAGCUUUUGUGCUUUGCCGGACUGCAGCAGUUGCUGACAUCAUCAGAAACCAAGAAUUGGAGAUUUCAACUCUUGCUUCCUUAUCAUCUUUAAAGCUUCUAACUGAGAAUGAUGCAGCUCCAGCUGGGUGUGCUGUUUGCAUUGUAAAUGAACACCUUUCAGUUUACCUGCAACUACAAGGAACACUCAAUGUGGAAGCUGAGCGGGAAAAGCUCAGGAAAAAGAGAGAGGAGAUACAAAAGCAACAGGACACCUUAAUGCAGAAGAUGAGUUCUUCUGGAUACAAGGAGAAAGUUCCAAGCCACAUCCAAGAGGAGAAUGUUUCAAAGUUGAAUAAGCUGAUGCAAGAACUCGCCAUUAUUGAUGAGGCAGACGGGACUUUGGAUCGAGCCGUCAAUUGAGUGAAUUGAAAGAGAUUUUACCACCAGCUGCGACAGGUGGUAGAAAGGAGAGAAUCUUGGUUACCAUUGAAAUUCCAGCUGAAAUUUUGGUUUUGAGUAAGUACUGGAAUAUAUGAUUGCAGUGCUGAUAGUUUCACAGUAAAAUAUCAUAUCUAGGGGGCCCAAUAUUUGGGUGGUGCGGAUUUGAGGUACCUGCCACAUCUAAAGUAGGGCAUCUCUGCUACUUCCUAGCCACAGUGCAUACAGCUGGGCCAUGUCAAACCUGCCUUGAAUUUAUUCAGAAAUUGGGUAGAAUAAUAUAAUAUUAAAUCCAUUUGAAUUCCUUGUCUCAAAAGACAGUUUUACCCUGUAAUCAAUCUAUAAUUAUAACAUUUGAAUUGAGGUUCAUGUGUAAAGACGAGUCAGAAUAUUUAGCCAUAAAAAUACACUGUUUGGUUAAA